AUGCAGCCGCGACUCCUGGAGCUUCCCGACCCCUCGCUGGACGACGCCGUGAAGGCAGCGCUGGCAAUGGAAGCUGCCGCCAAGUGCGCCGGCGAGAUUUCCCAGUACCAGGAAGCCAGCGUGCAUGUGGUGAAAGACGUCCCCAGCCUUCUGACCGAGUUCAAGUCCCUCUUUCAACCAUGGCCUCCCCCACUGCCGUUCGCCCUGAAGGGACGGGCUCACCCAGGAGCUGCAACGGUUACAGCGAGAGAGCAUGCUGUCCUCAAGCGAGACGGCAGUGUCAGGAUCUGCGGGGAUCUCAAGGUUACCAUCAACCCCGUCGCUACCAUCGAGAAGUACCCCCUGCCCCGGAUUGAAGAUCUCUGGGAAAUGGACAACCUCUUCACGGGCAUGAGGCACGUGGCGGUGCACUUGGACGACAUCCUGGUUACUGGCAGCGACGACGGGGACCACCUGCAGAACCUGCACAGCGUCCUGGCACGACUGCAGGACGCCGGCCUCAAGCUCAAGCUGGAAAAGUGCGUUUUUCUAGCCUCCAGCGUUGAGUACUUGGGACAUGUCAUUUCCCAGGCAGGCCUAGCCCCGGCUCCACACAAAGUUGAUGCUGUGCUCAAGGCACCUACGCCCCAGAACAAGGAGAUUCAGAGCUACCUCGGCCUCAUCAACUUCUACAGGAGUUUUCUGCGGAACCUGUCGGAGCAUCUACAGCAGCUCCAUCUUCUGCUUCGAGAUGGUCAGCAAUGGGUCUGGAAGAAGAAGCAGGACUGGGUCUUCCAGCGCAGCAAGGAGCUAAUCACCAAGGUUCCAGUGCUGGUGCACUUUGAUCGUGCUAAGCCUGUCGUCCUUACCGUAGAUGCGUCGCCGUACGGUGUGGGAGCCGUCAUGGCACACCGGGACAAAGGUGGCCAGGAACGCUCUGUCUCGUUUGCUUCUCGACGGCUUCAAGCUGCAGAGCAACGUUACAGCCAGCUGGACAAGGAAGGUUUGGCCCUGAUGUUCGGUGUCGAACGCUUCCACCAGUCACCUGUGGGGCCGGAAGUUCGAGGCGGUCACGGACCACAAGCUGACCUGGGACCUGCUGAUGGCCUGAGCCGCCUGCCCCUGCCAGAGGUGCCUGAUGCUGUUCCAGAAUCUGCUCAAGUGUUCAUGCUGGAGCACGCGUACCCGGAGGUGCUCUCCAGAUCUGUGGUAUCCCAAGUGACUAGCUGGGACCCAGUCCUGUCUCAGGUGGUCAAGGCGGUGUCCCGUGGAGAGGAAUUGGCGCAGCAGGCCUAUAGUCACAAGGCCGCUGAGCUGAGCCUGCAGCGGGGCUGCCUACUGUGGAAUUCUAGGGUGGUGAUCCCACAAGGUCUCCUGUCCAGGGUCCUGUAG